CUUGUUUAAGCAGCAGCAUCUCAGAGCCGCGAGCAGCUUCGAGCCACGCCGGAGAAGGAGCACAACUGGCCGCAGAGAGGCGUGCGCGACCACGGCGGCAGUCCUUAAAGAAAAAAACGGGGCUAUUUGUUGGAUUAGAAAACCUUAAUUUAAACAAGGCAGUGUUUCCCGGUUACAUUUGGGAGUCGUGUAACCAGUGAUAGUGGCGGGGAGUUAGGGGGGAAAGAUGCAGCUGUGUAGCUGCUCCGAGCGCCGCGGAGUCCGCCAACAAUGCUCGUGAUGCCCGCCGCCGUGCGGGGAUCACCGGCGCCCAGCAGCGAUAGCGGGAGGAGGAAGAGGAGCAGGGCGGGUUAUCAGGGCGGUCGAUGGCGAUGAGUUUGAGGUGGAGAUCAUGGCCAACGGAACCGGUACAAUCAUGUUGAAAUGUGUGGUAGUCGGGGACGGUGCUGUGGGGAAAACGUGUCUUCUUAUGAGCUACGCCAAUGACGCCUUUCCCGAGGAAUAUGUCCCAACAGUCUUUGAUCAUUAUGCAGUGAGCGUCAAUGUCGAAGGAAAACAGUACUUGCUGGGACUCUACGACACAGCCGGUCAGGAGGAUUAUGACCGACUGAGGCCAUUGUCCUACCCGAUGACCGAUGUCUUUCUCAUCUGCUUCUCUGUGGUUAACCCUGCCAGUUUCCAGAAUGUGCGUGAAGAAUGGGUGCCUGAGUUGCAGGAGUAUGCACCCAGUGUCCCCUACCUGCUCAUUGGCACCCAGAUUGACCUACGUGAUGACCCCAAGACCAUUGCCAAACUCAAUAAUAUGAAAGAGAAACCUGUAGCGACUGAGCAAGGGCAGAAACUAGCAAAGGAGAUUGGUGCAUGUUGCUAUGUGGAAUGUUCCGCACUAACCCAGAAGGGCCUGAAAACCGUCUUUGAUGAAGCCAUCAUUGCCAUCUUGGCUCCCAAGAGGAAGAAGAGUGCUCUGAAGAGAAGACUGGGACCCAGUUGCAUCAACUGCUGUCUGAUCACAUGAUACACACACGUGUCAUUAUGUGUCUUAGAUUUACGGAAUGACGCCAGCUGAGUAGAGGACAUCAUCAGAGUGACUUUUUAAGCUGCAAGGCACACAGAAGUUCAUGACUUUGAAAGAAGAGUUUACUGCAUUACCACAGCACAAUAUCCAAAAGACUCUUCUAAUUUUAGUUGUUUUAAUCUCUAAAUUACUUUUUCGACAUUGAGUAUGAUAUGUUUGCAUUUAAAAUUGAGAUUUAUGCUUGAUUAAAAAAAAAAAAAAUCAGAAUAUGAAUAUUAUUACUUUUGAGAAGGCCUGUCAAAGGAAAAACGGUAACGCAGAAAUCAACCACAACCAUUUUUGUCCUGCCACUUUCUCUAAUUUGUCAGUUGACAAGCUACAGAUAAACCAGGUGUGAGGUGAGUCUCCCUUAGAGCCACCAGAAGACUGUAGCAGCUUGAGCAAGAUGAAGAAAACCAUCUGUUUCACACCUGCUCAGUGAGCUUCAGUCAUGUUACAACUAAAAUUGCUUCAUACCUCUGACAGUGAGCAACUACAGCCAGAAAAUAUGCUCCGGUAAAUAUUUUUGUGUUGCCCGGAAGGCCCCAGACGGUUCAUGUUCUUGGGAUUUAACCCCUGGAUUAAACCACAUGUGCUUAUGUAUGUAUAAGGGGUAACAACUCAGUCGUAAAGUGAAAUGUUGUAUCAACAAAAUAUUUUGGACCUAGAACUGUCUAUUUUUAAAGUUAAUAUUUUCUUUAGGUGUACUUUUAUCUCUUUCACAGUAUGCUAGCAAGAUAGACAAAUGGUCUUUUAGGAGUGCUGCAUACAUAACUCCCAAAGAAACAAAUGACACAGACUGUCAUCAAACACGGGUGGAAAAAAAAGACCUAAUUCUACUGUACUUUAUAUUAAAGAUGAAGCACACUCUUCUGUUCUUAACACUGCCGCUCUUCAAGCACAGUGAUGGGCUUGCAGGCACAAACUUGAGCACAGUUUAGCGUUAUACCAACUCACAAUCUGUAGAGUGGGGAAAAUAAUUAUUUGAUCAGAACAGUCCGUCAUUUUUGAUUAUUUCAACAGACUGUGAACAGAAUAAACAUUAAAUGUACUAGAAUAUUUUGUAUUUUGAUUGAGUGGAAAAAUAAUUGGAUCCCUAAGCAAAAUGAGAGAAAAACCCUGUCUGGCAAGCACAAAGUCCGACGUUAGUUUUUGAAUUUGCACACGUCUCAGGAGUGAUUUUGGUGCAGACCUCUACAGAUUACAGAAGGUUUGGAAGUCAACUUAAAUAUUCUGAUAUUUUAUAAGACUAGCUAGGACCUGAAGUGCUUCUUUUUUAAGUCAUUUUUGUUCUUCCCCAGGCUGUAUAUGUUCAUGCUAGAACACCAAUCCACUUCAUUGUUCUACCUAAAGCCAGGAUUUCGUCCUCAAUGCGGUGAGGUCAUCCUCUACCUUUGGCAGAGAAACAGCCCCAAAGUAGAAUGUUUCCACCUCUAUGGUUGACAGUGAGUAGUAUUCUUUUGUCGCCAAACACGACAAGUUGAGUCUAUGUCAAAGAAAAUUUCGGGCUCAUCAAACAGAGUUCAUUUCUUCGAUCCCAGGCCAGUUAGUCUUGUUUGUUGGUCAGGGAUCAAAUACCUAUUUCAGUUACAAAUCAGGAUAUAACCUUUUAUGUAAUGAUUUUAAUUGUUUUUGUUUCUGGUACAAAAAAAAAGCUACCAUGAAAAUAUUGACUGUUCAUGUCUUUUUAAGGGGUUAGAUUGAUAAAAUCAGCAAAAGAUCAAACAAUGAUUAUAUCCCCACUGUACAUGCAUCCAGUUUUACGAUUUGAUUACAAUGCUUGUGAUUGAAAUUGUUAAUAGUAGCUUUUUCAGACAAAAAAGAAAGAGAUAAUCAGACAAACUAUCUGGAAUUACAUUUGUAACAUUUUUCCCCCUAAAAAGCUAUAAUGAAGGCACUAAAUCAAGAUGCAAUAGAACUGCUUUUGAAAAAAUAUGUUUAGCUUGCCAAUAGUCUACCUGUUCUGGCUGACCACCCAAAAAAUAAUCAGAAAUCCCCACUGACUGACCGCUAUAUUACAUGAGUUCAAAAACAUGUUUCCCAUUUACAAAUAGAGUAAUGUAAGUCAUUAAUCUAUGUGUUGCCAAAAUGAUUCCACUUCAUCUUGUUUUGUUACUUUUAAUGCAAUGUGACUGGUACUCAAGGCCUAUGGACGAUUCACAUGAAAACAUGUGGUUCAUUUGCAACAAAAUUAUCACGGUUAAUAUUAUUGCAGUAUUGUUGAAAGUGCUCAAGAUGAACUUGUACCGUAGUUUUCGGAGUAUAAGUCACUCCGGAGUAUAAGUCGCACCUGCCGAAAAUCCAUAAUAAAGAAGGGAAAAACCAUAUAUAAAUCGCACUGGAGGAUAAGUCUCAUUUUUGGGGGAACACCAAAAAUGCCAAACACCAAGAAUAGACAUUUGAAAGGCAAUUUAAAAUAAAUAAAGAAUAGUGAACAACAGGCUGAAUAAGUGUACGUUAUAUGACGCAUAAAUAACCAACUGAGAAUGUGCCUGGUAUGUUAACGUAACAUAUUAUGGUAAGAGUCAUUCAAAUAACUAUAACAUAUAGAACAUGCUAUACGUUUACCAAAAAAUCUGUCACUCCUAAUCGCUAAAUCCGAUGAAAUCUUAUACGUCUAGUCUCUUACGUGAAUGAGCUAAAUAAUAUUGUUUGAUAUUUUACGGUAAUAUGUUAAUACAUUCACACAUAAAUCGCUCCUGAGUAUAAGUCGCACCCUGGCCAAACUAUGAAAAAAACUGCGACUUAUUGUCCGAAAAAUACGGUACAAACACUGAAAUGUUUUGAUUACAAGAAUGAAGAUAAAUAGACCCACUGUUAGAAAGCCCACUAUUUUGCAUGUUUUACGUUUCUUAUGCUCCACUGACAGAUACCCUACAAAAGAGUGUUCUGGCAGGCAUUGUUGUGUCCUACUCUGUUCAGUGGUCCUUGAACGCACCAUAAAAACACCGCCUAUAUUUCUCUGAGUAUAUAUCGAUCACUCUGGUCUAAGACAGCACAGCUUUUCGGUUCAAUUUGCACAAUUCAAUAUCUUAGUUGUUCAGGCAGCAAUGUGUUUAUACAAGCUGAGAUUGGGCUAUGUCGUAUUCAUGUCAGCAUUUAAUAUCAGGUUUUUCUGAGUUUAUUCAUCAGAGCGUGGCUUUCAUUGUUUUUUGAUCAUUUUAAUUUAAAACUAUAAAACUAACAUUUCAGUUCUUCCGCAGUUAAUAUUAAUAUCGUUACAUCCCUAUUUGCAACCAAUGGAAUCGAAGCUCGUUUACAUUUAAAGCCAAAAGGAUGCAGCUUUAACAAGCAGUUUUGUAAACGUUAAAUUGGUCACUGCAGCCCGAAUGAGUAUCCGCCAAAGCCUGACAGGUCUAUUGUGCUUUAUUUGGUUGCAAUGUGAACCCUCCAAAGCUGGUUUAAUGUUAAAAUGACCCCACUACUUGUUGUGACUGAGAAACCACUACUUUUUCACACUUUAAGGAUGAUAUUGAAACUAUUUCUACCACCAUCCUUUUCAGGUUGGAUCAACAAUCAUACAGCUCGUCAAUUUCACCAAAAUCCACUUAAAAAUCUUAAUUUUCAAGCUGCAGUUCUUGCUAUCUUCUAAAACAUAGAGUAACUAAUACAAAGUACAACAUAUUUAAAAUUUACAUCGAAUGUUAUUUACCAGCCUGAUGGGCACUGCAUGAGUGUCUUGCAAAACAAAGUUUCUAAUAAGCCAAACAUCCCAGAAAAUUGACUGCUUGUGUUCUUUGUAUGUUUUUUAAAGUGCCAUCUGUAGCAAAAGAACAGUAGUUCUUUUCAGUAUCUGAUGCGAUUGAUGCUUUAAUGGUGCUCCUUUUCUCUACCCCAGCUUGCUCGACUGUAUUGUCAUAGUGUGUUGUGGGGUGGGGUGGGGUCGUCUUUGGCCCCAAAACGCUGCAGCAAUCAGUGCAUUGAUGCUCCAUGUCUGCUCAAUAAAAGUGUAAACUGUGUUAAAAA